AUAUAACUAUUAUGACUAAAACAUAAUACAUUUUUAUGUUUUCUCCUUACUAUGUCCACGAACACGCGUACGUUUAUUAUAGAAGUGAUCGAAAGGUAUAAGGCACAUCAAUGUUUAUGGAAAAUUCAUCAUCAGGAUUAUCGUGAUAGAGAAAAGAGAGACGAGGCUAUGAAGGAUUUGUUGCAGUUCUUCAAAACAAAGGAUCCAGAGGCCAACUUAGACACAGUCAAAAAGAAGAUAUCUACUCUGAGAAAUUGUUUUAGAAAGGAACAUAACAAGGUUAAGGCAUCAUUAAAAUCUAGUUCAGGGACUGGAGAAAUGCAUAUCCCUAAGCUGUGGUACUACACAGAAAUGUUGUUCUUGGUAGAUGAGUAUGCACCAUUAACACAGUCUGACCAUUCUGUCUUUAUAGAUAUGCAAUUUGAAAAUGGUUCUGAGAUAAGUGACUAUGAAAGUGAAGGUAACAUAUCAACAAAUGAUGAAAUUAAGUUUUCACCGGUUUCACAUAACAGUGUGGAUUCAUCGUCAAGAAUAAAAUCAAAAAGAAAAUCAAAAUCACCAAACGACACUGAUUAUGUUGUUGCAAAAAUAGCCAAGAAACUAGAUGAGCCACCACGGCCCAAACAGCAGUUCGAUUCGUUUGGAGAACACAUUGCAGAAAAGCUAAGAAAUUUACCAAGCUUAAUGGCUACAUAUUGUCAAAAAGUAAUUAAUGAUGCAAUAUUCAUGGCUGAGACUAACAGACUGACUAUAGAUUCACAUAUUGUAAAUAAAGAUUAGUGUUAGUUCAUGAAUCAUGACAAUCAACCACUCACACUAUCUCACCUCACUAGAGCAAUGCCACAGCCAACAUUGUUCUGUAGCAAUGCGGUAUCACAACGAGUUAGCGAGGACAAUUGCUUUGGAAAUAUACUGAUAGUCGUUGCAAAUGAUGCAAAAUGUUAAUAUUGCAUGUCAUA